GGGCCCCGUGUCUGAAGGAAGCUCUGGCCGGACAGCUUGUGUGGCCAAUGCUCUCCUCUAGCUGCCAUCCUUCCUCAGGAUGCUGGGGACUCUGGGGCUUUGGGCAUUGCUUCCCGCAGCCGUGCAAGCACCCCCAAACAGGCGGAUCUGCGUGUUCUUUGAGGCCCCAGGAGUGCAGGGAAGCACAAGGACACUAGGAGAGCUGUUAGAUGCAGGACCAGGGCCCCCCAGGAUUGUCCGCUGCCUCUACAGUCGCUGCUGCUUUGGGAUCUGGAACCUGACCCAAGACCGGGCGCAGGUGGAGAUGCAAGGAUGCCGGGACAGUGAUGGGCCAGGCUGUGAGUCCCGCCAUUGUGACCCAAGCCCCCGAGCCCAGCCCAGCCCUGCCUCCACUCUCUUCACCUGCUCCUGUGGCACUGACUUCUGCAAUGCCAAUUACAGCCAUCUGACUUCUCUGGGGAAACCUGGGACUCCUGGCUCCCAGGGUCCCCAGGCUGCCCCAGGUGAGCCCAUGUGGAUGCAGGUUCUGUUGCUGCUGGGACUGCUCCUCUUCCUCCUGCUGCUGCUGGGCAGCAUCAUCCUGGCCCUGCUACAGAGAAAGGCGUAUGGAGUGCGAGGUGGGCCAGAGCCAGAGCCAGAGCCAGAGCCAGAGCCUGAGCCAGGCAGAGCCUGGAGUGAGGCGCUGCCGGAGCUGCCUGAGCUGUGCUUCUCCCAGGUAAUCCAGGAAGGAGGUAACACAGUCGUGUGGGCUGGGAGGCUGCAAGGUGAGCUGGUAGCCAUCAAGACCUUCCCACCGAGGGCUGUGGCCCAGUUCCAAGCUGAGAGAGCACUGUAUGAGCUGCCAGGCCUACGGCAUGACCAUAUUGUCCGCUUCAUCGCUGCCAGCUGGGGGGGUCCUGUUCCCUUGCCCUCCGGGCCCCUGUUGGUACUGGAACUGCACCCCAAGGGCUCCCUCUGCCACUUCUUGACCCAGUACACCAGUGACUGGGCAAGAUCCCUGCGGAUGGCACUGUCCCUGGCCCAAGGUCUGGCAUUUCUCCACGAGGAGCGCUGGCAGGAUGGUCAGUAUAAACCAGGGAUCGCGCACCGAGAUCUGAGCAGCCAGAAUGUGCUCAUUCGGGAAGAUGGCUCAUGUGUCAUUGGAGACCUGGGCCUUGCCCUGGUGCUCCCCAGCCACACCCAGCCCCCUGCCUGGGCCCCUGCUGAGCCCCGAGGCCCAGCUGCCAUCAUGGAGGCUGGCACCCAGAGGUACAUGGCCCCAGAGCUCUUGGACAAGACUCUGGACCUACAGGACUGGGGCCUGGCCCUCCGGCGAGCUGAUGUUUACUCUCUGGCUCUACUCCUGUGGGAGAUUCUGAGCCGCUGCCCAGACUUGAGGCCUGCAGACCACCACCCUUCCAACUGGCGUAUGAGGCAGAACUGGGCAGCACCCCCACCACCUGUGAGCUAUGGGCCUUGGCAGUGGAAGAGAGGAGGCGCCCCUACAUCCCAUCGGCCUGGGGCUGCUUUGCUACAGACCCUGGUGGACUACGGGAGCUCCUCGAGGACUCUUGGGAUGCAGACCCAGAAGCACGGCUGACAGCCGAGUGUGUACACCAGCGCCUGGCUGCCCUGGCUCAUCUGCAGGGGACCCCUCCUUUCCCAUGGGGCUGUCCACA